GAUGAUGCAUUAUUACAUUCAUCAGCCGUUUAUGUACAUUGUAAAGCAGGUAAAUCUAGAUCGGUGACCAUCGUCUUGGCUUAUUUGAUUCAUCGGUAUAAGAUCUCAUUAAAAGAAUCGUAUGAGUUUGUUUCGAAUCGAAGAAAAGGAAUUUGUCCAAGUUGA